UAGAAUUAUAAAUCGGUAUGACCAAGUGAUAACCACGUCAUUUGUCUCUGCGCUGUGUGACUACAUCCAUGGGGACUCUGAAAAUGUUUGCUGGAGCUUUUGCUCUCUAUUUCUUUCUGGGUUCUGGUGUGUUUGCCGCAGACCAAACAAGCUUGUCUGACAUUCUAAUCAAACUUCAAGCUAUGCAAAAAACUAUAAAUGAAAACCGAAACAAGCUUCAGUCAAUCCCAAGCAAACUUCAAGAUCUGACAGAAACGGUACAAGAGAAUCAAAACAAGCUUAAGUUAAUCCCAAGCAUACUUGAAGGUCUGAAAGAAACGGCAAAAGAUAAUCAAAACAAUCUUCAAUCAAUACCAAGCAAACUUGAAGAUCUUAAAGAAACGGUACAAGAGAAUCAAAACAAUCUUCAAGCAAUACCAAAUAAACUUGAUGUUCUGAAAGAAACGGUACAAGAGAAUCAAAACAAUCUUCAAGCAAUACCAAGCAAACUUGAAGAUCUGAAAAAAACUGUACAAGAGGAUCAAAACAAUCUUAAGUUAAUCCCAAGCAAACUUGAAGAUCUGAAAAAAACGGUACAAGAGAAUCAAAACAAGCUUCAGGCAAUACCAAGCAAAUUUGAAUAUCUUACGGAAAGCCUGCAAGAUAAUCACAACAAGCUCGAAACUAUAGAAGGAACUGUACAAGAUAAUCAAAACAGACUCCUGGCUAUUCCAAACAAAUUGCAAACGCUUCAAGAAACUGUACAAGACAAUAAAAAGCUACUACAUGUUUUGGAGAUGCUAAUUCCCAUUCCAAUCGAAACUUGUAAAAUUAAUAUGGACAGACCUCUUUUUAGAAAAUACUACAGGAUCCAUGGUGAAAAACUGGCUUUGUGUGAUACAGAAACUGACGGUGGAGGAUGGGUUGUUAUUCAGAGACGCAUAAAGGGAGACGUUUUAUUCCAUAGAACCUGGGAAGAAUAUAAACAAGGAUUUGGUUCCGUCGAAGGGGAUUUUUGGAUAGGAAAUGAAAAAAUCUCAAGUUUGACUAUGAUGGGCUACAAUGAACUUAGGUUUGACAUGAAAUAUAAAGGUGAAUCCUACUACAUGAUAUACAGUAACGUGAAGGUAGGAAACGAAGCGGAUUUGUAUAGGAUAAAGUUUACAUACAAGACAGGAAACACUACAGACAACUUUAUUGAUCACAAUGGAAUGGCUUUUUCCACAUUUGAUAAAGACAAUGAUGGAUAUGCAGGCAACUGCGCCAAGGAUUAUAAAAGCGGCUGGUGGUUUUUUGACGGCUGUCUUCAGGUGAACAUGAACGGCGUGUUUGCAAGUAAUGUCAUUGGUGAAGGAAUUAACUGGAAAAGUAUAACAGAAUACAAUGAUUCUCUGGAAUACGUCGAGAUGAAACUACGUCGACUUUGAACUUUAAAGAUUAUACCUAACAGCUCUCUUCAAAUCUGUGACAUUUCUUUACUAAUGUUUGAACAUCGAAAGAAAUGUUACCUAAUUGUAUCCAUUCUAUGUUUUAAGAUCAUUAAAAGCUGAUCAACGA